AUGCUAAUCAAGGCGCCGGUGCAGCUCUGUGGCAAUUCUUCUUUCCCUUCACUGUAUAGUAAUUUCUCUUUCUGUUCUCUCUUUCCCCCGCCCUGGAAAAGCAACGGCCUGUGAAGCAGUCGCUCAGCAAGUCGCUCUGUAGGGAGUCACACUGGAAGUGCCUGGUGCUCUCCCUCCUCAUGUACGGCUGCAUGGGAGCCAUGACCUGGUGCCAUGUGACGAAGGUGACCCGGCUGACCUUUGACAGCGCCUACAAGGGAAAGUCCAUGAUGUACCAUGACAGCCCCUGCUCCAAUGGCUACGUCUACAUCCCCUUGGCCUUCCUGGUGAUGCUCUACGUGGUCUACCUGGUGGAAUGCUGGCACUGCUACACCCGCAAUGAGCUCCAGUACAAGGUGGACGUGGAGAGCGUUCACGAGCGCGUCCAGAGGAUGCAGCAGGCCACCCCCUGCAUCUGGUGGAAAGCCAUCAGCUACCACUACGUCAGGAGGACUCGCCAAGUCACCCGCUACCGCAACGGGGACGCGUAUACCACCACCCAAGUGUACCACGAAAGGGUCAACACCCACGUGGCAGAAGCAGAGUUUGACUACUCCAAUUGCGGGGUGAAGGACAUCUCGAAGGACCUGAUUGAUCUGGAGAACUUCCCGGCCACCCGGCUCCGCUUCACCAAGUGCUUCAGCUUUGCCAACGUGGAAUCUGAGAACUCCUAUCUGACCCAGAGGGCCCGCUUCUUCACAGAGAACGAGGGACUGGAUGACUAUAUGGAGGCAAGGGAAGGCAUGCAUCUUAAGAAUGUGGACUUCAAAGAGUACAUGGUGGCCUUCUCAGACCCAGACAACCUACCUUGGUACGUCUCCCACUAUGUCUUCUGGGUUGCUGCUCUCUUGACUUUGUCUUGGCCCUUGCGGGUCUUGAAUGAGUUCCGCACUUCCUACGUCCAUUACCACGUAGAGAAACUCUUUGGGUUUGAUUAUGUGGCAGUAACACCGGCUGAAGAGCGCCCUUUCUGCCGGAGGAUGCCCCGGGUCAACACGGUGGACAGCACCGAGCUGGAGUGGCAUAUCCGGUCCAACCAGCAGCUGGUGCCCAGCUACUCUGAGGCUGUCCUCAUGGACUUGGUGGGACUGUCUAGCUGCACUACCUACUCCUCCUGCCGCUAUGGGAGCUACAGACAGAACUGUGAGCAGUGUCACAGGACUAUAAGCAGUUCUUCCAUCUUCUCCCGCAGCGCCCUCAGCAUCUGCAACGGCAGCCCCAGAAUCCCCUUCAGCAGCAGCCGCUUCUCACUGAGCCGCCUCUAUGGCUCACGGCGCAGCUGCCUUUGGCAGAGCCGGAGUGGGAGCCUGAACGAGCAGAGCUGCCCAACUGAACAGACCCGCCUGUCCAGCCAAGUCACGGUGGAGGAGGAAGACCCUCCUCCUUACCAGGACGCCCUCUACUUCCCCAUCCUCAUCGUGCACCGAAACGAGGGCUGCCUCAACCACGACCACCGCCAUCUCCAUCGGAAUGGGUCCUGCGUGGAGACCUCGCUGUGA